AUGUCGGUGGACAAGAAGUGGCUGUUUGGGCCUGGGCAGCUGGAACCUAUGCCCCUGGGCAUGAACUGUAACCCUUGGUACAAAGAAAGACUACCUUCCAAGUGUUUGGCGAAGCACAAGAAAGUACCACUGAAACUCCGCAGUUCCCUGAACAGUCGUCGGUGGGUAUUUGUACAGGAGGGAUUGGAUGACUUCAGGAAUGGCUGUAGACCUUGUGACAAUAUAAUCAUCCGUCACCCUAAGGAUAGUUUUCUCCCCAGGAUUCCUCAUAAAGUUCUCAAACCUGUUCCUCCCCCAAAGAGUCCCAAAGUCUUGCCUGAAAAACCAAAGCUGCGUCUCGUGCCAAGUGGUCAAUCACUUCCGAAAGUGUUAGAGGGGAUAAGGACUAAAGUAUGCCCCCCCAAGCAUCCCUCCGAGGAAACUCUUGUGACCAAGCAGUAUUUUACUAUCUACCCCCAAAUAGAGGAAGAAGAGGAAAGGGAAGAGAUGUUAUUAAAAGUGAUAGAGGGGCCCUACUUGGAUGAGAAACUGAAGAAGCCAACGUUGCCUUGGAUGGAGCCCCUAAUACAGCCAGAAAGUCGCAGGAAAUCCUUUCCUAGAGGACAUCCUGUUGAAAUUUUUGUGACAAUGCUCAAGAAGAUUUCUGAAACACGAGAAGAGAACGUAACUGAACCUUAUGUCAUGAAGCUCUUUGACAUCAGUCGUGAGUACAAACCUAUUUAUCAAACCGUUCGCAUAAGGACUCUAGGCAAAGUUCCUGUAGAGCUAAGGUAUAACAAGGCACUAAAUGAGAAGCAGGCGGCAGAAUUUUCCGUAGACGAGAUAAACUGGGAGAAAUUACUUAAGCAGCCACCAGAUCCGUAUAAACCCAUACCUAUGAAGAUUAGGUAUGGAGCAUGGUACCUGAAGCCCUACUUGUGGACAAAAUUAGUAAACGAUGAACCCCUGCUUGAACCAGCGGUCCGACGUAUGCGGAACAGACGUCCUAUACCAGACAUUCUUGAAGACCUUUAUGGAACAAUUGCCUUUAAGGAUUACAUUUUAAGCCAUGGCUUGGAAAUGCCAUGGAUCCUUGAGAAGUUGUUUAAAACUAAGGGAUGGACAUAUGAUCAAGUCAACACUCCCAUGAAGAAAGUGUUGCGAAUGUAUCCACUCUUAAAAGAGGACAGCCAAGAAGACCCUUCACUGCUUGUUUGA